AUCUCUAAGACAAGAUGGACGUCUUGUUAAUAUCCAUGCUCUUUGUCAUAUUUGGACUAGUUUCGGGAGAUGCCGAGAGAUCAACGACUUCAUCCCUCAACUCUCUUGAAGACAUCGGCAGCCAUGUAUUAACUUCGAUAUUUGACCUAAAGAAUCGGGUGGAUAUUCUUGAAGACACUCGUGCUGGGGAUUUAAGACGAAUGCACGAUAUGCAGUCAGAAAUUGACGAACUCAAAUCUGAAAACGAUCGCUUAAAGCAUCUAGCUUUUGAUCGACUAAGUAAUGAUAGGAAAGUGAUACCAGAAAUGGAUAGAACAUCCUCCGAGUAUCGGUUGGAUGAUGAGAUCAGUUCAGAAAAUGUUGAAAUUGAGCUUAGUCAAUUAUAUAAGUAUAUACUAAACAAUAAAUCAGGUGUCGCUACAGAACGGAAUGAUGACGGAUCCGGAACCACCGAACUAGACGUACCACAACAGGGGACGAAGAUCAGCAGAAAUCUGUUUAGACGUCGCCAUAGCAAAGAACCAUCAAUACCUACACACAGGGGCUCAACUCGUGUCGCGCCAGCAGGGGCUGUGGCCUUUCAUGCGAAUCUUGGAACCACUGUAAGCUCGCCCGCCAUAAAUCGCGAGAUCGUGUUCGAUCAUGUCCUCACAAACAACGGGAACGGGUACUCUGAACAUACGGGGACUUUCACGUGCCAACAGGCCGGUACCUAUGUCUUUUCCUGGAACAUAGUUUCCCUUCCUCACCAGUUCGUAGAUUCCCACCUGGUGAAAAAUGGGGUCAUCUUGGCGUCGACUGUUUCUGCGUCUAGCUAUCAUACCGGUACCAGUACUGGUCUUGUAGCGGUACAGUUGGAAAGUGGAGAUGACAUUUGGGUGAAACUUGGUAAUCAUGAAAAUGGCGGUAACGUUGUAGCGUGGAGCAUGUUUUCUGGCUUUAAACUAAACUAAUGUUAUUGAAUUUGAUGAACUAUUCUGUCGUAUAAAUUGUCCUCUCUAAACUAAUACUAUUAAAAUUGAUGAAAUA